AUGUUCAUCGAAAAAAGCAGCACUUCACUGUCCCAGAAGCCAAGCAAGAAGAAGACCAGGCCACAGGGGCUGCCUUCCCCAGCUCUGUGUUGCGCCUGUGGUCUGUGCAUCAUGCUAGCAGGUAUUAACAUCACCCUGGUGGGAGCAUUUGCUUUUGGGACAUUCCUACCUGUCAACAACCCUCCUAUUGUCAUUGGGCCCAUCCUUCUGGUCGUGGCAUUCACUUUCUUUGGGGCAUGUUGCAUCUGCAGCCGAAGGCCACCUGCUCAUGGUACCAGAAAAUCCAAACCAGGGGCCAAUAUUGGCCUCAUCAAACCUGGGAACACGGCCUUUGAAAUUGAAACCAGUGAGCAUACAGUGCAAGACACCACCGCUGUGCAGUUAAGCCCAACCAGCUCUCCAGUCUCCUCCAAGAAGUCCACACCAAUUCAUGAGAAUGCAAAGACCUGCAAGCUUUUCACUAUGGAUACCAAUGGACCAGCAGCAAAAUACACAGCAGGUGAAGAAUCAAUCCAGCUGAAUUUGCCCAGAGACGUUGCCAUGUCAUAA